AUGUGUGCGGAGUUGGACAAGAUGGUAGCGGCGAGGGGGCUCUGGUGUUUUUACAACCGGGCUCUGGCCGUUAGAAACCGCUGUCAUCUCCCUUUAGGGCUCGGUGUGGUUUCUAAUCACCUACGUACUUUCACCCUAGCUAGUAGUUUAAGUCGGGCUGAAAAGGAGCAGGAUUUGCAGGCGAAUCCCUUUUACAACAAGUACCAGAAUAAGAUCCAGGAGCUGCGAAGGACAAAACCAGAUGAGUAUGAGGCUCGUAUAGCAAAGAAAGAAGAAGUUAAGAGGCAGCCCCUAGGACGUUCAAAGCAGGGUGAAUUUGUCAAACUAAUGGAAACAGAGUCAAAGCAACUUGGUGAAAGAACAUCUGGGAAGAGACCUGGUUUCACUAAAGAUAAGACUCUCCAGUCAAUACUCAAUCUGGAUAUGGUGAAAGACAAAACUCCAGAUGAAAUAGCACAAAUCUGGAAUAUGUACUUUGCUUCAAAGAAUACAAUUUCUGCCGUGAUUCCUAGUACUACAUUUGAGCUGAUGUACAGCAGGUCACAGAGAUGUCCCACAUUCCUAUACACUUUGCCGAGACAAUCAGGCUAUGAGUUCUUCGUGGGUCAGUGGUCCACAACUGAGCUUCAUUUUUCCUCAUUAAUAAAUCUUCAGUCUUUAGGAGAGAAUUCACCAAGCCAGCUCAUAAUAUAUCAUUACCCUGACCUUCAGAAGGAAAAGGGCAUCGUUCUUCUUACUGCAGAAAUCGAUACAACUUUUCUGAGUGUACAAGACGCACAGUGUCUGGCCAAUGAAGCACAGCUAUUCUACGCUACAGACUGCCAAAGGACCUUUAAUCUGGUAGAGACAUUCAACCAUGAACCCAAUGAAUUCAAGCACAUGUCAGUCAUUGCUGAGAUUGAGCAGCAUGGAAUUGGAGGCCAGUUGAUGAAAGAGGAAAAUAAGCAGACAUAGAGGUGUAUAUUUCUCAUGAGAGACUUGAGACAUUUAUUAUCAAUAAAUACAAGUGAUUUUUUUUUCCAUGGUGCUGAAACAAAACAAAAUUUACUGUAUUUGUUAUUGAUGGUGAUGCGCAGGAGCUUUGUCAAACAAAUCUCGGCAUGAGAAGGUAUUGAAGCAUUUACUUGAACACAGCAUGAGGGGAUUUUAAAUCAAGAAAAAGAGGUGGCAAAGAGGAGGAACUCCUAGAGCUUAGCAUGCCUCCUGAUGGUGGUGUGAUCAAUAUCAACAAUACUAAAGAAGGUGGUCCUACAGCAUCAACCUAUUUCCUGUCACCAACCUAUUUCCACCUCUGUAACAUUGAAAACUCCACUGGUGUCUCACCCACAUCUUUGCUAUCCUCGAGCCUUAUUAUUUGAAUGCAUACUUGACUUGCCAUUCUUGUUCUCCCAUCUAUAAAUGUCAAUACAUUAUCCAAAUUCAUACAAGAACAUGUUUAACCAUCUCCCUAGUGCUUACUAUCCUAGAGAUGAUUCUGAUUAAGCUUACUUGAAUUUUAAAAUUUUCUUCCACUCCCUUGGUCUUGCCUCUCCCUUUUUCUUUAAUAUCGAAGGUGAGGACUAGUAAGAUAGUUAAGUAGGUCCUACUGCAAGUUUGGACCAGGGUUUUGAAAGGGUAGGCAAAAGUACGGCUGAUCAAGAAUAUAUUAAAAUGUUUGAGACUUCAAGAUUUUAAAAUGUAGAUGAGCACUAAUGGAGUCAGUAAUGUUACAGAGAUGGAAAUGAAUAAUCACGAUGUUGCUUCAGUCUGUGGUUCAGAAUUUCUGUGACACUGAGUCUGCAGCCUUGUUCAGUCACUUACGGUUAACUGGAUGCUAGAAUUGGUGACAACAGAAUUGUCCUUGGAAGUCUAUUUAGUGGUUUCAUUUUUUUUCCCUUGUUGAAAAUAAAAAACGGCUACAGAUGCUGAAAAUCCAGAAAAUGCUGCAUUCAUUCAACGGGUUGAACAGUGUAGUAGGUUUAACCUGCUGUUUCCAGCAUUUUCUAUUUUUAUUUCAACUUACCUAAUUUUAAAAUUUGAUGCAGAUUAGAUAAAUGUUUAUGUGACGCAGGUUACUUUCCAAAGGGAGUCUGGCUGUAAUAAAAAUGAUAUCCUGUUAGAGAUCUAAUAAAUGCAUUUUGUCAAAAUGUGUGCAACCUUCC